AAGGGGUGGGAAGGAACCUAUAGGACGUUCCGUAAGAUGAUUUAUAUGUAUGAGGAGACCGGUGAGGCACAAUGGCCAAGACCGCCAGGGACCUGCUGCUGGAGACCCUGGAGGAUUUAGGGGAGAGGCAGUUCAAGAGGUUUAAGGGGAAACUGAAUGACUGGGAGGUCCCUGACGGGUACAAACGGAUCCCUAAGAACCGCCUGGAGGGGGCAGAUGAGGGUGAUGUCGCCAGUGCCAUUAUCAGCUUCUACACAGAGUCCCAUGCGAUUGAGGUGGCCCUGGGGGUGCUGGCUGCUAUUGGGGAGAUGAAUGCCCAUGAGAAGCUGAACAACCUUUCCAGGGGAAAAUCAACCGCAAUAGCCAAGUGCUAAAAGGGCGACAUCUACAGAUUGAAUUGCACAGACCCCCACACUGGGCCUGCGGGGGGGGGAUCGGUAAUCGACAAUGAUAGUUUCUCAUCCCCACUCACAUGCAAUCUGAUUGUCAGCUCUUCAGCCCAGUUUCCCCAGAUCUGUGGGCAAUUCCAUACAACGAUGCCCUUUGGCUCAUCCCUGUUCCUUGUGGGUGGGACCGGCUCCCUGUUGCACCCAUUGUUUUAUACUGUUUUGUACGUGAUAAAGAUUCGACUUUUCACUGGAAAUCGAUUAUUUUGUAACAAAUAAAAAGACAGAAAAUGAA